GACGAUAUUUCCUGAUUUACUUCUCUGCUUCAUAUAUCAAAUCCCUUUUUGUCUUGUGGCUUUCUUCAAAAUCUUUCAUCCUCACUUCACUUCAUCUUUUCUUUCUCCACAUUUCAACAUCAUGGGGAACUUUGCUGCAAAUGAAGGACUUUCCAUUUUUGUUAUUCUGGUAUGGCUUGGCAUCAAUGUGUUUCUCUUUGUGCACUUUUACUUGGCAUUUCUGGUUGAAAGAUACUAUUAUACUAGAGUCAUCCUUGGGCAUGCUCUCUCAUGGGCCAGAGCUCCAGCUGCAUGUCUGAAUUUUAACUGCAUGUUGAUCCUGCUGCCCAUCUGCAGAAACCUGCUCUCGUUCCUGCGCGGAUCCAUACAGUACUGUAGCCGCACUGCAGCCCGUCAGCUGGACAGAAACCUUACUUUCCACAAACUAGUGGCCUACAUGAUUGCCCUCCACACAGCCAUCCACAUCAUAGCUCACUUGUUCAACUUUGAGAGGUUCAUGGAUUCCCAGCUUAUGAUCAACAGCAGUUACCUCCCUUACGUGCUUUCUCAGAUUGGCAACAAUGACAACAGAUCCUACCUGAAUCCUAUCAGAACCAAUGAGACGAACCCAACCAUAGUGAUGUUUACUACUAUAGCAGGACUAACAGGGGUGGUCAUCACCCUCGCCCUCAUCCUCAUCAUCACCUCCUCCAUGGAGGUCAUCCGAAGGUCAUAUUUCGAGGUGUUCUGGUUCACCCAUCACCUGUUCAUCGUCUUUUUCAUUGGUUUGGUGCUACAUGGAGUCGGGCGUAUUGUGCGAGGCCAGACUCUAGAAAGUGUAAAAGUACACAACCCAGAUGAAUGUCACAGCCGGUUCGAGACCUGGGGAAAGAAUGGUACCGACUGCCCAGAACCUGUCUUUGCUGGGAAUCCCCCGAUGACAUGGAAGUGGGUGGUUGGCCCCAUGAUUCUAUAUGUAUGUGAGAGACUGGUGCGCUUCUAUCGCUCUCAGCAGAAAGUGGUUAUCACCAAGGUUGUGAUGCACCCAUCCAAGACCCUUGAGCUGCAGAUGAAGAAGAAGGGCUUUAAGAUGGAGGUCGGUCAGUAUGUUUUCAUCAAGUGCCCGUCCAUUUCUCAGCUGGAGUGGCAUCCCUUUACCUUGACCUCUGCCCCGGAGGAAGACCACUUAAGCGUGCAUAUCCGAAUUGUUGGAGAUUGGACACAAGCCCUUUAUACGGCCUGUGGUGGUGACAAAACCGUGGUGCAGGAUGCUUGGGCACUACCAAAGGUGGCUGUGGAUGGGCCUUUUGGGACGGCCAGCGAGGAUGUCUUUCGUUAUGAAGUCGUGAUGCUGGUCGGUGCUGGUAUUGGUGUGACACCUUUCGCUUCUGUUCUGAAGUCUGUGUGGUACAAACACGUCCAGGAGAACAAAAAUGUCUUCACCAAAAAGAUCUAUUUCUAUUGGCUGUGUCCGGAGACACAGGCUUUCGAAUGGUUUGCAGACCUUCUGCAGAGCUUGGAAAGACAGAUGAUGGAGAAAGACAUGAGCGAUUUCCUCAGUUACAACUUUUAUCUAACGCGCUGGAAGGAUGCUGAGGCGGCCCAUUGGAGAGUUCAAUAUCAGGCGGAAGAUGAUCCCAUUACUGGGCUUAAGCAGAAGACUCGGUACGGCAAACCCAACUGGGACAAAGAGUUCAGCACCAUCUCUACCCAACACCCAGGUUCAAAAGUAGGCGUUUUUCUAUGUGGUCCUACGGCUUUGGCCAAAGCUCUGGGGAAGCAGUGCAUUUCACACACUGAAUCUGGAACUGAGUUUAUAUUCAACAAAGAAAACUUCUGAUGUGCUCCAAAGUGUGUCUACUGAAAAAACAGUGAAAAAUCCACUGCAAAAGAUAUUCAGACUUGUUUUCAAUAUAUUGUUUCUUGAUUAAUUGUCUCACUGCAAUGGCAGAUUUUUAAAGUUUCUAUUUACUAUACUUAAUGAAAUUAUUAAAGGGGGGGUGAAAUGCCAUUUCAUGCAUACUGAGUUUUUUACACUGUUAAAGAGUUGGAUUCCCAUGCUAAACAUGGACAAAGUUUCAAAAAUUAAGUUGUACGUUUGAAGGAGUAUUUUUAUUCCCAAAAACUCCUUCUGGUUUGUCACAAGUUUCGGAAAGUUUUUUUCGAGUAUGGCUCUGUGUGACGUUAGAUGGAGCGGAAUUUCCUUAUAUGGGUCCUGAGGAAACUUCUGCCGGAAGAGCGCGCGCUCCCGUACAGCGAGGCUGAGCACAGACAUUUCACUGAUCAGAGCGAUUCACUGAUCAGAGCGAGAGCGUCGCGAAAAGUCACAAAAGAAGUGUGUUUUUGGUUGCCAGGGCAAGACAACCCUGCACAGAUAACCAAAAAAAGUAAAGUGAGUAAGUGAGUAAAACUGCUUAAAAUAUCUCUGCCUCCUUGUUAGUGCGUCCCCUCCCAUGCCAGAGACCCCGGUUCGAGCCCCGCUAGGAGCGAGUCGUUGCUGCUGCUGCUCUUAUUCAUUUUCAGCCUCUGGAUCUGAUUCUGGAUCAUAAAUAAACGGCUGAAUCUGACUAUAAGCCAUGGUUUGUUUUGGAUGAUGGUUUUUCCCUCACGAUAAUGUCACAGUUUCCACAUGCUCUCAACGCAAAAGCCUACUGGCGCUCGUGAUUCUUUAGCUCCGCCCACACAUCACGCCUCCAGUUGGUUGUGUUUUUCAGGGAAAAAUCGGUACAGACUAUCUUUCUCUUAUGAAUAUAAUAAAACUAAAGACUUUUUGGAGUUAUGAAGGAUGCAGUACUACUCUAUAGGUACUCAAGAUUAACAGGAUAUUGAGUGAAAACAAGCAUUUCACCCCCCCCUUUAAGCAUAGUUGUUGUUUUUUGUAGUGUAAGCUUGUUAUAAUGAUUUUGUGUUAUUGGUCUUGGAUAUAUAGAUAUAUCUUGGCUGUGCAGAAUACAUAAUUGAUUUUUAUGUACUUUACAGAUCAAUGCGUUAGUUUACUGUUUUGGUGUAAACCAAUCCUGCUUUUCAAUCAAUAUAUUAUUAACUAAAAACAAUUUUACAAUAAAAGGCACACCACUAUAAAACAAGUUCAAAUACUAAAUUGAAUAAAGUGUUACAGUGGGCACACUUUGAAAUUAUUUAACAUUAAAUGUGGAAUGUGU